AUGUCCAUGCAAGCUUACCUCACCCGUCUUCUUAUAGUCGGGCUGUGUGUCGGAUUAAUUUCAGCCCGAAUCCGCACGAAUCAAUGGCUAGUACGCCUUCAAACAGAUGGCCAAGAGGGCCGAGAUGUCAUGAAAUCUCGAGCUAAACGAAUUGCGGAGGAACAGGGUUUCAGAACUUUGCUGGAAGACCAUGAUUCCUUCUUCUACCCAAAUGAAUUUCUCUUCAUGCAUCCGAAUAUGAAAGAGACAAGCAAAGAAAUUCACGAUACUCUUGUUGGUCAUCCGAGUAUUGAAAGUGCGGAACAGCUGAAUGGUUAUCGACGCAAUAAACGCGGGUACAAGGACAUUGAAUUAGUAGAAGAUGAUCAAACAGAACGAACUCCUGAUGAAAAUAAGAAGAAUCUUGUAAGAGAACUGGCGUCAGACCCACUCUUCCCUAAAGAAUGGUACAUCCACAAUACUGGACAAGCUGAAGGUACUCCUGGUUUGGAUCUGAAUGUCUUGGACGCUUGGGCUCAAAAUAUUACUGGAAGAGGGGUGGUAACUGGAAUUAUGGAUGAUGGUAUCGAUUACUUGCACCAAGAUCUUGCUCCAAACUAUGCCGCGGAAGCUAGCUAUGAUUUCUCAAGUAACGACGCUCAUCCCUACCCAAGAUACACGGACGAUUGGUUCAACUCCCAUGGGACUCGUUGUGCUGGUGAAAUUGCUGCUGUUGGUGGAAAUGGUGUUUGUGGGGUUGGUGUAGCCCCUGGGUCUCGUGUAGCCGGACUUAGAAUGCUCGAUCAGCCAUACAUGACGGAUCUCAUUGAAGCUGCCGCAAUGUCUCAAGCUAGGGAUAUCAUUGAUAUCUACUCGGCUAAGGAUCAUUUAAGCAAUUUGAAAUGGGCCAUAGUUGAUGGCGUGAAUAAAGGAAGACGAGGAAAAGGGUCGUUAUUCGUCUGGGCGUCAGGAGACGGGGGAGCAUUGGAUGAUUGCAACUGUGAUGGAUAUGCCGCAUCGAUGUGGACAAUCUCAAUUAAUUCUGCAACAAAUGAUGGCCAAACUGCUAUUUAUGAUGAAUCUUGUGCCUCAACCCUCGCUUCCACAUUUUCAAAUGGAAAAUCAAGGAAAAGCCUGGACGCAGGAGUGGCGACAGUAGAUCUCUAUGAUGAAUGCACGCUGUAUCACUCAGGAACUUCGGCUGCGGCGCCUGAAGCAGCGGGUGUUCUGGCCCUCACUCUUGAAGCCAAUCCAGAUCUAACAUGGCGAGAUGUUCAACAUCUAAUUGUGCUCACUUCAAAACGGAAAUACCUCUACGAUCGAGAUAGAACUCACAAUUGGACUGUUAAUGGCGCAGGAUUAGAGUUCAAUCAUCUUUUCGGCUAUGGAGUUCUUGAUGCCGGUGAUAUGGUCAGAGCUGCUAAGUUAUGGAAAACUGUUCCUGAAAGGUUCCAUUGUAUUGCUGGAAUUUUCCGUGGGCAAAAAGUAAUUACGGUUGGGAAACCUAUUCAGUUGGAACUUUUCACGGAGUCGUGCCGUGGCAAUCCGGAUAGUCAAGUUAACUUCAUUGAACAUGUCCAAGCCUUCAUUUCCAUCAAGUCUAGUCGAAGAGGUGAUCUAGUGAUGUUCUUGACGUCACCUAUGAAUACAACAUCCAUGAUUCUUGGCGCUAGACCGUUGGAUUCGGAUUCCACCAAAGGUUUCGUUAAAUGGCCCUUUAUGACAACCCACAUGUGGGCCGAAAACCCAAGAGGUACCUGGAAGUUGACAAUCGGUUUGGAUCCUCAGAAAAGGCGAUCUCGUGAUGGUCCAGAUCCUGCAUUAGGACAUGCCGUUUUGACCGAAUGGAUUCUGAUGGUGCAUGGAACUCAAGCAUCACCCUACUCACAAAUUCCUGACAGUGCAAGUAAAUUAGUACCAAAGUUGGAGGUGGUGAAAAGGCAACAAUCCUCUCAACGAUUCUCGUACUAA